AUGGCAAAGCUUCUACUCGUUUAUGUCAUUGUAAUUCUUGCUCUUGCAUACUCAGGUUCAGCCACUAACUACAUGGUGGUUGAUAACUCUGGAUGGGAUAUUAGUACUGAUCUUGAUACAUGGUUACUAGGCAAGCGAUUUGUUGUUGGUGAUGUUCUUUUAUUCCAAUUUUCGACGUAUCAUAGUGUGUAUGAGGUAAUAAAGGAGAAUUUCGAUAGGUGCAACAUAAGUAAUGCAGUAAAAUGGAGCAGUAAAGGCAAUACAAGUUUCCCAAUAACAGAGGCAGGGGACAGUUACUUCAUUUGUGGGAACAGGUUACAUUGCCUUGGAGGGAUGAAACUUCAUGUAAAUGUAGAAGAUAAUACCAACACGGUGGCUUCUCCAGCUGCACCGCCAGUACCUCAGGCUGGGGCAUCUAAUUUUCCUACACAUUCUUCUAAGACCAACAACCCUUCAACUAUUGUUCCUCAUUCGACUAAUUUGUCCAACCAUGUUGGUUUAGAUUCUAUACUUAUGGCAACACGUGGGUUUUGUUGGUUUUUUUAA